AUGGCCACCGAUGCCAACAACAAGGUUUUGCCUCUUGCCUUUGCCGUUAUGGACAAAGAGUCAGGGUCUAGUUGGGGGUGGUUUUUAGAACGCCUCAGGAAUGCACUGGGGGAUGUGAUAGCAGAUAAGGACAUCUGCAUAAUUUCUGACCGACAUAAGGGUAUUCAAAGUGCAAUUGCAAACUGGCCUAGACAUGAUGAUGGACGACAACAACUAGUUCACAGAUAUUGCCUUCGACAUGUUGCUAGCAACUUCAACACGCAUUUUCAAGACGCCACUUUAAAGUCAUUAGCCUUGAAAGCGGGGUAUGCUACUCAGGAAGCUAAAUUUGAGUUGUACAUGCAACCUAUCAAGGAAGCUGAGAUCGAGGCCCUUAGGAAGAAACGGAGAACCGAGCUGCAGGAAAGUGAACCCGACUCAUCCAUCAUGCCAUACACAUAUCUAAUGAACGAGGACCUAGACAAGUGGACCCAACUACAUGAUAGUGGAUACCGUUAUGGGGCUAUGACAACCAAUGUCUCGGAGUGCUUCAAUGGAGUACUCAAAGGUGCCCGUGGCCUACCCAUUGCUGCAAUGGUUGAAUUCACUCAUUGCAAACUUGUUGCGUAUUUCCAUGAUCGACACAAAGAAAUUACUCAUGAUCUCUCAAAGGACAAGGUAUGGACUAAAUAUGCCUUAAAAAUCUAUGGACACAACCUACAAAAAUCAAUUUCACACCAAAUAAAUCCGUUUAAUAAUCUGAAUGGUAUAUAUCAAGUAAUUACUACACACAACAUCUAUAGCUCUAGAGGGGGACACCAUAGUUACGAAGUAAACGUAAUGGCCAGAACAUGUGAUUAUGGAAAGUGGCAAAUGAGAAAGAUCCCUUGUUCACAUGCAAUUAAAGCUCUUCAGUACUUGGGGCAAGAUGCGACUGCAUAUAUUGACCCAUGUUAUAGUUUGGUGAACGCCAUUCACACCUACUCAUAUGCAUUUGUGGUGCCAAAGUCAGAUUCAUUGUGGAGGGAUGUGGAUGGUCCAAAGUGGGUGCCUGACCCAAAACUGUUGCGGGGCAAAGGUCGACCUGUGGCGUCUAGGAUACGAAAUGAGAUGGAUGGGGUUCGGCGAGAACCGGGAAGCCGGAGGCCAGAUUCUGACUUGAGGGAGAUUCAGCAAAAGCAGAGCUGUGGACUGUGUCAUCAACAUGGGCAUAAUCAUAGAAGAUGUUCGCUUUCCCGUGGGGCUUCGACAAGUAGUAAUAAUCCAAACUAG